AUGAUGAAUGAUUAUUUUACGCCUGGAACUGGUUAUACCUCAAGACAAUUCAAACAACGUCUAGGCAUGAGGGAAGACUUAUUCGAGAAAUUGUUAGGAAAAUUGCUUGAAGUUGAUCCAGAAUGGCAACAACGUCCAGAUGCAACCGAUACUAUGGGGCAUUCUCCGCAUGUGAAAUUAGUUGUUGUGAUGAAAUGUUUAUGCAAAAGUACGUCAGCUGAUAGUGUUGAUGAUUACACUCGUAUGGGUGCAACUACAGUAUACAGGUAUCUAAAAAGAUUUUGCCACACCAUUUGCAUGACUUUUGGAGAAAGAUAUUUGCGUGAACCCACUCCUGAAGAUGUUCAGAGGUUGCUAGCUGAGAAUGCGGAACGAGGUUUUCCUGGAAUGCUUGGUAGUAUUGAUUGUAUGCAAUGGCCAUGGAAGAAGUGUCUGGUAGCUUUGCAAGGAACUUACCGGGGUAAAGAUAAACAUAGUAGUUUGGUAUUAGAGGCGGUGGCAUCAUACGAUUUGUGGUUUUGGCAUGAUUUUUUUGGAAUGCCUGGAUCAAACAACGAUUUGAAUGUGUUGGCACACUCACCCUUUUUUGAUAACAUGCUAAAGGGUGUGGCACCUCCAUGCUAA